AUGACGGGAACACCGGUUUGCCAGAAUUGUUCAACAUCGAUUACACCAUUAUGGCGCCGAGACGACUCGGGGGCAACCCUGUGCAAUGCCUGUGGGCUGUUUCUUAAGCUCCAUGGCUGCUCACGGCCCACCUCGCUCAAAACCGAUGUUAUCAAGAGCCGGAACCGCGUUAAACAUACGGUUCAUAAAUCCAAGACAUCAGAUAGUUCCGAGUCGCGCGCUACUCGAGGCAAUCCUUCUAGCCCGCCUUCUUCUCCCGUAGACCCAGCGGGAUCGACCGGGUCUUCUCGGUCUUGCGGGUCUGCUAACUCAGUCGGAUCCCAUGCGUCAACCGGAUCGUCCGUGACCCUUGUGGACCACGAGGAGCCUCGGUAUCAUUUUUCAACAAUGAUGGGGUACGGGAUGCAGGCGGGCGAAGGGUUUUGCAACCAUUUGCACGGACUUGCAGCGUUGCCUCUCACGGAUAUUCCCACCAUUGACAGCCUUUUACAGGCCAAUGCUGCAUUGCGCACACGAGUCUCUGAGCUGGAACUGGUCAACGAUUUGUUUCGGUUAAGAGUUUCAGAGUUGGAAAUGAACGAGGCGCAGAUGCGGCAACAGGACGCAAGUUUAACCGACUUUGAUCGUCAGUUGCGGCAACGAGAAGCGGAUCUCGAACGGCGAGAAGCGUAUCUGCACAUGCGUUUGCGGGACAUUCACCCCGAGGAAGACAAGGAGGACCAGCGCAAACGCAAAAAAAUCUGCGUAUCAGAGCUCUUGGAGGAAAGCGGCAGCUCAUUUCUCAUGGAAGCACUGCCCAUCAAUAACGCUCCAAAAGUCAAGACAGAGCCUCUAGACCAUCCUCCGGAACAGCAUCCAAUCCUCAGCAGUGUUUGA